ACACUGAACAGCGCAUUCGACAACACUACAUUUUUCAUUGCAUUUUCACAACAAAAAAACUCUCUAAUUAGGCUAAAAGCAGCUGCGGUGGCACAUAAUAAUAGUAUAUUAAUAAGAAAAUUAGCAGCACUAAGGCAGUGCAGCGCAGGAGCAGCAGCGCCAGUAGCAGCGGCCUCAAAAGGAAACCCAAAACAUCCCAGCUGCAAAUUCGGCCCCCGAUUUCGUUUGUUUUCAUCUAUUAUGGACAAGAAAUCCUCGCCCGUGCGUCGACAAAAGCGACAGGCGAAAGUGAUCGAGGAGAAUUUCUGGGAUUGCAGCGUAUGCACUUACAGAAACUCUGCGGAGGCCUUCAAGUGCCGCAUGUGCGACGUGCGGAAAGGAACCUCCACGCGCAAGCCACGGCUGAACUCGGCGCUAGUCGCCCAGCAGGCGGCAACAUUGCCGGGAGCCAGUGGCAACAUGCCAAAUGGAAAGUCCGCCUCCGGAUCGCGACACGGUAGCGGGCACGACAGACAGAGGCAUAAGAGAUACCCCGCCCGAUUGAAGAAUGUUGACCGGUCUACGGCGCAGACGCGCGAGGUGACCGUCAACUCGGUGACCGUGUUCAUCACAGAGUACAAGGCCAAGCCGGUGAGCAGCCGGCGCGAGUCCAGCGAGCAGAGCUUCAGCGAAAGCAACGACAGCCGGAGUUAGAAAAGGGAGUCCUAGUCCCCAACCAGAGCUCUUCAAUAUUCUACGCCACGGUCCUCGGUCCCUUGUUACAAAUUGUAAAUUCUAAGUGUUAGGCCCCCGGCGAAACAAUUGUAAAUCGAAAUCCGUUUAAGUUACCAAGUAUUAGGCCACGUUCAAAGACCUCUCCUUUCCAAAAAGAAGAUAACUAGCCACUCCCCAAGUUCAUGACUUCCAGCCCAGGCCAAGAAAGUGAAGCGACGAGUCGAUUGCAUUUACACGACGCUCUCCAACACACACAACUAAAAAAAAUGAAAGAAAAGAAAGAUACAAAUCAAUCUUUGAAUGCGCUAAAACCCUGUAUAUAGCGAUGCAAGAGUUCUCCAAUUGUCUCUGUCUCGUAUCGUAAUUUUAGUUUUAAUUUAAUUCUACUACGUCUAAUUCCUAAUUUAUUGAUGAAAGGCAAGUAUGUGUAACCGCCGUGUACAUGUUCAACAAAGAUAUCAUUUGUUUUGUAAGUGUCGAAUUAAAAUAUGUUUUAACUAAGUGCAAGCUAA